AUGAAGAGAGGAUUCGGCAAGGAGAUGGUGUCCCAGGAGGUUGGCGACGCGACCGACCAGGAUGAUUGGGACAUGCAGCGCCUGGGCAAGACCCAACAGUUCAAGAGAAACUUCCGUUUUUACUCGAUCUUAGGUUUCACGACCACCUUGAUGGCCACAUGGGAGUCGAUUCUGCUCACGAGUACCUACGGUUUAACGGAUGGCGGACGAGCUGGAAUGGUCUAUGUGUAUAUUGGAUCAUUUGUUGGGUUUUUCUCCGCAGUGAUCUCCAUGGCUGAGAUCGCGUCCAUCGGAUACCUCGAAUCGAACCCGAUGAUCUUCAGCGCUAAUCUAGAUCUAGGAUGGCUUUCGGUGCUAGGCUGGCAAGCCGCUUUUGCUAGUAUUUGCUACCUUUGCGGUACUUUGAUCCAAGGACUAUUGGUCUUCAACUACUCGGACCCCUCCGGUUGGGUGUAUAGCUUCGAGCGCUGGCACGGGACACUGCUGACCAUCGCUAUCGCCGCCGUCGGAACCGUGGUGAAUACCUGGGGAUAUAAGAUUCUCCCUCCCAUGGAGGGUCUCAUCCUUGCCAUCCACAUCUUCGGAUUUGUCGCUGUUGUUGUCCCCAUGUGGGUCAUGUCUCCAGGACAGGCCUCUGGGGAGUCUGUCUGGAAGGAGUUCACUAACUCUGGCGAAUGGCCGAGUAUGGGCCUCGCGUGUCUGGUCGGCCAGCUGACGCCAAUCUUCUCUUGGACAGGCCCGGAUGCUGCUACACAUAUGGCCGAGGAGGUCCAGAAUGCUGCCUUGGUGGUCCCGUGGUGUAUGGUCUCGACCGCGUUGAUCAACGGCGGUCUCGGCUUCAUUAUGCUAAUCACCUUAUUGUAUAACAUGGGUGAUAUCCAAGAUGUGCUCGCCCCGGCCAGUGGGUUCUCCUUCCUCCCAGCAGUUAAUCAUGCUACCGGCUCAGUGGCCGCCACCAAUGGCGUGGCUGCUAUCAUCCUUGUCAUGGAAGUCUGCAGCGCCAUCGGUAUUCUUGCAACAGUCUCUCGCCAAACCUUUGCCUUCGCCCGCGAUGAAGCCCUGCCGUUUUCCAAACACCUGGCUCACGUGAACCGAGGUAGCCAAAUCCCCGUGUGCUCCGUAUUGGUAUCCACCAUUAUCACCGUGCUGCUGAGCUUGAUUAACAUUGGAUCUACUGCCGCCUUUAAUGCUGUCGCAUCUGUGAUGAUCGCUGCACUCUUCACCACCUACAUAUUGCCCAUUGCCGCCGUCAUUCGGGUUCGUUUCGAGCCGGGUGGUAUUCCGCCUGCGCGCUUUUCGCUUGGUGUUUUUGGGUUGGCAAUCAACGUCUUCUCACUGGCUUGGCUUUGCUUUGCCAUUAUCUUCACCUUCUUCCCAACCGCCAAUCACCCCACCCCGGUGGAUAUGAAUUGGUCUAUCCUUGUGUUCGGCGCGGUGGUCAUCUUUGCAAUUGUUUUGUAUAUUGUGCACGGUCGCCGAGUAUAUCGUUCACCUGUGACCCAAGUGCGCAAGGUUGAAUGA